UACUAAAACGGUUGUAGCAGCUCUGUAUUAUUACUAUUAUUUUAACCCGUUGUAUAGGUUGCAGGCUCAGUGACCAUAAAAUCGCGUCGCGGUACGGACGCGUCAAAAUGUCCGCCACAGUGGAGACUAGUUUGAAAGACAAGAUCUGCUCGCACGUUGAGAUUCCUAUACUAACAAGAUGCUGCUUCUGUCUACCGUUGAGGAAAGGCCUGAUCGCUUUUGCAUACGUCAAUUUGAUGCUUACUCUAGCUGUGACGUCACUGCUUUCUAUAUACAUCUCAGCGAUCCGAAACACGAAUAUUGAUAUGCAAGAUGGGUCGGAGUAUCCACGCCUGAUCGCCGACACCACCGCCCUCGUGCUGGAGGUCGGAAUGACCGUAGUCUUCAUAGUUGCAUUGCAUAUGAAACAUGUACUACUGAUGAAGAUCUACUUGUACUUCGAGAUCGUGUUUUCAAUGAUUGGCUUCGUGUACAGCCUCGCCUUCCUCACUCGAGAGACCGCCAGUGAAUUAUUCCUGAUAUUGUUCCAACUGAUGGUACAGAUUUAUCUCGUGAUCCUGAUCUGGAGUACUAUAGUGAAAAUGCAACGCGAUGGAGUCGUGAAGUACACGCGGGAACAGGGCUCCGUCUAGUGACCCGCUGGUCUCCGGUU